AUGGCGUGUAGGACUGCGCUUCGCUCCGCUCUGCUAAUAGAAGCGUGGCGACCCGUUCAUGUCGCUUGGAGCUCCGCCUCCGCCUCGUUCAGGACCCGCAGACUCUCCUCCCCCAGGCUGAGCCGCCACUUUAGGACCCGAGACAUCCACUUCGCGCGACGGACUCACCUCAACUGCUCCCACAGUGAAAACUCGCCAGCUUUGUCAAAGGACGACCAGGGCUCGCCGCAAGAGGCCAUCUUGAAAGCAAUUUCAGAUGUGUCAAAGGAAUAUGAAUUUGAAGCUCCUGUCAAGCUUUUGGACAAGAUGCUACAUUCAAUGCCACAAUCACCAGAUGAGCAGCUCGUCGUUAUUUCACAGGUCCUUGUGGCUGACAUCAACAUCGACCAAACCAAGAUCAUUGCAGCCAUAAAAAAAGCUAGCAAUAUCAAGAGAUUUUUCCCGUCGAAGUUUGGAAAUGAUGUGGAUCGAGUGAAUGCAGUUGAGCUAGCCAAGUCUUCGUUUGACACCAAGGUCCAAAUCCGGCGUGUUAUUAAGGCUAAGGGCAUCCCCCACACUUAUGUCUCCAACAACUUCUUUGCUGGCUAG